CCAGUCUUGAGUGUUUUUUCGCAGCUUCAUCCUUGUCCCUCUCCUUCACCUCUCUCCUGCAUACCCCACUCCCCUCUCCCUUCUUCUCUUCCCUCUUUGCUCUGCUGAUCCUGGACUGAUUUAUUUUUCCCGGUGCAGCAGAGCUGGUGGGAAAGCACCUGGCUAUAUUUGUCAGCUGCUGAGAUUGGACCCGCUUCAUGGUGGAUGACUUUGGAUCCUCUGUUUCGGUUUACCUGCUCACACCUGCGCCUCCCGCCUCCUCAGCCCCUGCUCUGCUCUCAAUAAGGAACUAGUGAGACCCUCUGUUUGGUGGUUUCAAACCCCCGAAUUCAACUGCCUGGAUGAUUGGAAUUUCUCUCAGUCCUUUAGUAUUGGAGCUAAAGCAUUAAUUAGGAUCCACAGCUUGUCCCAAGCUUUGCAGCUCAGCCUCUUUGCCAACAGAGGCCUUAAGUUUUCAGAGUGACUUCUCCUUGGAGGAAAAGACCGCCCUGGUCAAGAGUGUUUCAGAUACAGAUGCCAAACUUCUGUUUGUCCUCCCCAAGGUUUCAGAGUUGAAGAAAUACUUUGAGGGACCUGUCCCAGAAGAUUUGGGAAUGAACAGGAAGGAGAGGAUAGCCCGGCGUCUGGAGGGGAUGGAGAGCGAUGCUCCGCCUGCGCUGGUGCCCGGUGGUUUGGUAGCCAACAGGAUGCUGGAGGAGGACUCCCCGCGGUACACCCGCGCCUCAGACCCCUGUGAGCCUUGUGUGAUGGUGAGACGCUACAGUCGUGAGGAGCUGGAGGCCCCCCAGAAGCAGCUUUCAUCUCAGGACAGAUCCCCUCAGAUCAAAGGUGGUGUUGGCAGCAGCCGCCCAGACCCCAUGUUGGUGUACGUUGACCCAGUGUCGUUAUCCACCUCUUCUACACCCACAUCUGGGCCCGCUGACCCCUCCAGUCUCAGCUCCAAGGCUGAACGCAUCGCCCGCUACAAAGCCGAGCGCCGCCGGCAGCUUUCAGAGCGGUAUGGCAUUCUCCUGGAUCAGGAGGCGGACGUCGACUUCACACCUCGCCACCGAUCCCGCCGUGAUACGGACACCCCCGACCGACAAACAGCUGCAAGGCGAGAAAGAGACAAACAGGAAGCUGAGGAACAAGGACGAGAUCCCAGGGUGCCAUACCGCUCCGGAGUGGGCAGGGUUUACAUGAGGAAUCAGCCGGACCCCGCCCCUGUUUCCACCCCCAGCCCCGCCCACUCAAACCAAGCCCCUCCCAAGACACAGGAAAGGCAGCGGAGGUUUUCUGAUCGGGAAAGGGCGAUGAACAUGGAGAACUACCGACGUGGUGGGGCUCAAGAGCGCUCAAUCGCUCCUUUAACGAGAACCCAGGAGCAGCCUCAUCCCCAGCACCAGCAGGACCCCGCCCACCAGGAGCCAAGCCCCGCCUCCAGCCGGGAUUACAGCAUUGCGGCGGUGCCCAGCUCCCCUCGCACCGCCCGCCGGGCCUCGCUGCCCUCCAACCGCUAUGGCAUCUCACCUGGGGAUUUAUUCAUAGAGCAGCAGGCCCAGAGCAUCCUCAACAGGCAGGGAAUCCGGGUAAGGGAACGCUUGUCCAGGGAUGAAACAGUCCAGAAGCCCCCUGACUGGAGUCCAGACACACACCAGGGUAACAGACACCAUACUCAGGGGAACACUGCUCAGUAUACGCCACAACGAUCAGAACUCCCCCAGCAAAGGACUGCUCCCCAUCCUCAGUCCAGCCCAGGCCAAACAGCCCAUCCUGAGUACCAACACUCUGGUCCUGCUGUUGACUCUCAGCCUUAUUUGGCCAUCCCUGCCCCAGUGGCCACUGCCAAACUUCCUGGACCCCCCGAGGUACUACCACGAAGAAGAGUGAGUGCUGACCAAAUCCAUGCCGCCCAUAGGGGGGCAAGAAUGGAGGCCAGGCAGGCGCUGAAGGAAGAGGCCCACACAGAGGGUCUACUGAAGAGCAGGAAAGCCGUUUUGCCAUCUGAGAUCCGCCGAAGGGAAAAGAGUGUGGAUGAUACUCAAAGUGGCCCGCAUGAAGAGAUGGACUGGCAAACAUACAGCCCAGAACAGAGGAGGAUAAGUCGAGGCGAGGAAGACUGGGAUCAUGAGACACCAAGGGAGAGGGGGAGGGAGAGAAAUGUCGAAAGGAUCAGAGAGAGAGGGAGUGAUGAUGGCCAACAGGAGAGAUUGUUUCGAUCCCAGCCUCCCCACAUUUCUGCAAGCCAGCAGCCCAGGCAGCAUCAGUCCACAGAGCCUGUGUACCAUCAAGAGCCUCAACUUCAGCAGCAAGAACCCCGACUUCAGCAGCAAGAGCCCCCAACACAACCACUAUAUGAACCUAGAAAGAGACAACCUGUGGCUCAAGUUCAACAGCAAGAGCCCCAACUUCAGCAGCAAGAGCCCCCAACACAACCACUAUAUGAACUUAGAAAGAGACAACCGUUGGCUCAAGUUCAACAGCAAGAGCCCCGACUUCAGCAGCAAGAACCCCCAACACAACCCCAAUAUGAACCUAGAAAGAGACAACCUGUGGCUCAAAUUCAGCAGCAAGAACCCCCAACACAACCACUGUAUGAACCUAGAAAGAGACAACCUGUGGCUCAAGUUCAACAGCAAGAGCCCCAACUUCAGCAGCAAGAACCCCCAACACAACCACAGUAUGAACCUAGAAAGAGACAACCUGUGGCUCAAGUUCAACAGCAAGAGCCCCAACUUCAGCAGCAAGAACCCCCAACACAACCACUGUAUGAACCUAGAAAGAGACAACCUGUGGCUCAAGUUCAACAGCAAGAGCCCCGACUUCAGCAGCAAGAGCCCCCAACACAACCACUGUAUGAACCUAGAAAGAGACAACCUGUGGCUCAAGUUCAACAGCAAGAGCCCCGACUUCAGCAGCAAGAGCCCCCAACACAACCACUGUAUGAACCUAGAAAGAGACAACCUGUGGCUCAAGUUCAACAGCAAGAGCCCCAACUUCAGCAGCAAGAGCCCCCAACACAACCACUGUAUGAACCUAGAAAGAGACAACCUGUGGCUCAAGUUCAACAGCAAGAGCCCCAACUUCAGCAGCAAGAACCCCCAACACAACCACAGUUUGAAACCAGAAAGAGACAACCUGAUCCUCAAAUGCAGCAUCAGUACGACCACUUGAGACAGCCACAAGAUCCUCAAAUUCAGCUUCAGUAUGAACGUUUGAGACAACCACAAGACCCUCAAAUGCAGCAUCAGGACGAUCGUUUGAGACAACCACAAGAUCCUCAAAUGCAGCUUCAGGAUGAUCGUUUGAGACAACCACAAGAUCCUCAAGUUCAGCAUCAGUACGAACGUUUGAGACAACCACAAGAUCCUCAAAUGCAGCAUCAGGACGAUCGUUUAAGACAACCACAAGAUCCUCUAAUGCAGCAUCGGGAUGACCACCCGAGGCGGUCACAAGAUCUUCAAAGACAACAGCCGCUUCAAAGAAAACCGGAUUCUGAGCUUCUGAGAAAAGAUCCUCCAAAUCAGCAGCAAGACUCCCGCAGAAAUCAACAAGAGCCCAAACUAGACAAAGAUGUUGAGCCUCAGAGGCAGCAGCAACAGCUAGAUCUUUCAGGGAACCAGAGGUUUGACUCAGCCAUCUACGUCCAGCAGGGCUCCUCGUUGCCUCAGGCCAAACACAGAAGCAUUGAGAUGAGCGGAGGGCCCAAACCAAAGACACGAACCCGCUCCAUGUCAGAUAUAGGUAUAAGUCAGCAUUCUAACACGUACCGCAUGGAGAGGGCAGCGGCCAGUCGAGAAGCUUUGAGGGCCGUCCCUCCACCGGUGAUGGCUAACGGGGAGAUGGGCAGCCUGGACACCAGGGUGUCGGUAGCACAGCUGCGACACUCCUACCUGGAGAACGCCAACCGGAAACCUGAGUUUGAGACUACUAAAGUCGAUCUGUCAGCAGUGGAGGUAGAGCCGGUUAUCAGCGCUGAUCGGGAAAGGGGUGCUCGGAAACCUCGGCGCUACAUCACUCCAGGAGACAGUCGCAUGUCGGAGAGGUUUAGGACGCAGCCCAUUACCUCUGCAGAGCGGCUGGAGUCAGAUAGGUCCCGUCUCAGCCCUUCACAGCUACAAGAUGCAGAAGCUGGAGAAACUCUGGAUGACAGAGCCAAGAUGAGUGUGGCUGCCAAGAGAUCCCUCUUCAGGGAGCUGGAAAGGACAUCAGAUGUUCCCAAACCGCGCUCCAGAAACGCUGCCGUAGAGCGCCGCCUGAGGAGGGUUCAGGAUCGCUCGCACACACAACCCGUCACCAAUAAGGAGGUGGUCAAUGCUUCAAGUGAUCCUGCCACAUCGUCACAACCUCUGAGCCCCCACACUAACGCCGCUCGCGUCCCCAGCCCCACUGCAGUCAGCACCAGUGUGACCAGCAUCAGCAUCAAGGCCUCCUCCCAGCCCGGCUCAGCGGUCCAGGAUCAGGGUCCGGAGCCCAAAGAGCCCGAGGAGCCCAAUGAGCCCCAGGAGAACCAGAAACCAGCUCCAGCUCCCGGUGCCGGGGGGGAGGGCGAUGGCCACGAGUUUUUCUCUGACGAGCCGGACCUGUCCACCCUCACCUUGGCAGAGAAGAUGGCCCUCUUCAAUCGCCUCGCUCAUCAAACAGCAAAGAGCCCUGAGACCCGAGGGGACACCCGCCAGCGCAGGGCCAACGCCCGCUUUCAGACUCAACCCAUCACCCAGGGAGAGGUGGAGCAGGAAGCUGAUCCUCCAGUCACCACUGAGGUGUGUAACGGUGACUUAAAGACCAAUCAGGGACAACAUCUGAAAAACGGAGGUGAGAUCAAACUGGAGCCUCUGUCUGCGUCCCUAGUUCGCUCCGUGGCAGCCGUCGCCUCCCAAGCCUCCGUCGCCACAGUAACCGGCAGCGGAGACAACGACGACAAUCUCCGUCCAGGGAAGUCCACGGCGGUCCCUUACAUCCCUGCCCAACAACAGGCGACCUGCAACACCAGCAUCCACCAGGAGAGGGCGUUGAGGUAUUUCUCCAUGACCCAGAGCGGGGACCCCGGCCACCCCGAGCCCGAUUUCAAUGCUUCCCCUCUCCUCCCUGAGAGCCGGCAGAGAGUGGGGGCUCCUCUGGCUCCCACAUCCUCUGUCAGUCACAGGGAGGCGCUGGAGGAGGAGGAGGAGGAGGUCAGGGGGAGACAGCAGGGAGGAGGAGCCAGAGAAGACGGCAGCGUUAAGGGAAAGCAGGACACCGGGCAGCAUCCCCAGCCUCACUCUUCAGACUCCGCUUUGUGGAGGGCAGAGUCAGAGCCCCUGCCCAGCCGGAGAGCCGCAGACAGAGGACACUCCCUGGAGAGCAGGGAGAGAGCGGAGGGGGGAGGAAGAGGACGAGGAGGCUACCUGAGAGAGGCAGCUCACAGCUCCUCCACACAGGAGCAGGAGAGGAGCGGCGGCCGGAGCCAGCCAGGCAUCUCAGAUUUGCCCGAUCAUCCCGCUCCCCUGAAGCCACUGAUCGCUAAAGUCUCAUCCAGGACAGUGUCUCACGUCUCAAGCAGCCAGCAGCAAACCCAGCCACCUCCAACUCUUCCUAAAACGUUCACGCCGCAGCAGCCUCCUCCAACACCCCCCAAACCUGUGGUCACCAUCCAGUCGCAGCCCCCACCAACGCUCCCCAAAACCAUCACUCAGUCCCCACAAACGCAGCCCAAACCUCCAGGAUUCGUCCAGCCUCUCCCCAAGCCUUACGCUCAGACAGCCACCAAACCCCAGGUGCCUCCUCAGACGCCCCCCAAACCCCAGUCCUUCCCCCAGGCGCUGGUCAAGUCCCAGUCCCUCCCCCUGGACCACAGCGAGGACUUUGACAGGCUCAGCGACUACUCUGGAGAUCUGCUGUCCCCCACAGAGUCUGGAGAGCUGCUUUCUGAAAGCAUGUCCGCCAAACAGAUGUCCAUCAGGGAGAGAGUGGCACUGCUGAAGAAGAGUGGUGAAGAUGACUGGAGGAACAGGAUCAACAAGAAGCAGGAAGUGGUUAAAGUGGCGACCACCGAGCAGCAGACUCUGCUGUGGGAGUCAGAGCAGACGAGCGAGAACACGGAGGAAGGGGUGGUCGUUCAAGAAUACUCCGCUGUGUCUGUGUCUGAGCAGCUGUGGGAACCUGUCUUCUCUUCCACCUUUUCUCCUACUAUAUCCCUCGGUCAAAAGUGUCAGUAUAUUGACCAUCAUAGUCAGAAGGUGGGAGAGGACAUCGAGGCCAAGACGUCCAUUGAGGAGAGAAAACAGAUGAUUUCUGUUCGAGAGGAUGCCUGGAAGACUAAGGGCAAAGGAGCAGCCAACGACUCCACCCAGUACACCGUCGCCUCUCGAAUGGUCAAGAAAGGCCUGGCAGCCUCCUCCUCAGUUAUCAGUCCCAUCCUGUCACCGGUCUCCACCAAACUCAAGAGCAGCGCGCCGGCUGUCAACAAACCACAAGAGGAAAUUGAGGCCAGACCGGACAUGGAAACGGAUAAGAAACUUGACAAGUUGGAGAGCUUCUUGGGACGUCUGAAUAGCAAAGUGGCCGGUCUGCAGGAAACCACCAUCACAGUCACAGAGAUGGCAGUGAAGGAAGUAAUGAAGCUGGAUGACGAGAUCUUCUCCAAGUUCUACAGACGCGUCGCCGAAUUCCCACGCAUGCCCACCAGGAUCGAGAUCAGUGAGGACUUUGACGCCAUCUUUGGCUCUCAGGGUCCAAAGUUGACGUCGGCGAUGGUGCAGCACAAGCGCUCGGUGCGUCCGUCCAGGAACGUGCAAGCGUCCAGAAACCCUGUGAAGAUGCUGGCGGCCAGAAAGGACAUCAGACACGAGUACACGGAGCAGAGGCUGAACGUGGCUCAGCUGGAGAGCAAGAGGAUGAAGGCGGAGAAGAGCGAGCGUAAACGAGAGGCCGAAGUUAAUAAAUCCUCUGAGUACUCGGAGGCUGCUCUGGCGGGUUUGGCCAGUAAAGAAAACUUCAGCAGCGUGAGUCUGCGCAGCGUCAACAUCUCCGAGCAGAUGUCCAACAACAGCGCUGUGCCGUACAAGAACCUCAUGCUGAUGCAGCUCAAAGGUCGUCGUCACAUUCAGACCAGAUUAGUGGAGCCCAGAGCCUCAUCGCUGAACAGCGGCGACUGCUUCCUGUUGGUCACUCCAGAUCACUGCUUCGUCUGGAUCGGAGAGUUCUCAAACGUUAUCGAGAAGUCGAAGGCCAAAGAUAUGGCCACCUUCAUCCAGACGAAGAAGGACAUGGGCUGCCGGGCGACCCAGGUGCUGACCAUCGAGGAAGCAGCCAACCCUCAGGCUGCAGAGGCCCAGCAGUUCUGGACCGUCCUCGGAGGACAGACCGCCUACCAACCGGCCGGUCCACCAGAGGAAGAUGAGCAGUUUGAGAAUGCCAUUGUAGAAACAAACUGCAUCUUCAGACUGCUGGACGACAAACUGGUUCCUGAUGAUGAAGAGUGGGGGAAGGUCCCUCGCAGCUCUCUACUGGCCGCCAAGGAGGUGUUGGUGUUUGACUUCGGCAGUGAGGUGUACGUGUGGCACGGUAAAGAGGUGACACUGGCUCAGAGGAAGGUCGCCUUCCAGCUCGCCAAACACCUCUGGAACGGGACGUUUGACUACACCUGCUGCGACGUCAACCCGCUGGACCCUGGGGGCUGCAACACACUCAUACCCAGGAAGGGCCAGGGCCGUCCUGAUUGGGCGGUAUUCGGCAGGCUGACAGAGCACAACGAGACCAUCUUGUUCAAGGAGAAGUUUGUGGACUGGACCGAAGCAAAGUCGCCGACACCAAAGGAAGGAGGCGGAGAGAUCGUACCUGAGCAGAAGGAGGCCCAGGGGCGAGAGUGCCGGCCUUACGACGCCACCCUGAUGCUCCCCGUCCUCGAGACGUCCAUCUCCACCAUCGUAGACGGGACGAAUGUGGGACGCGGCCACGGCCCGGUGGAGACGGAGGACCACAUGAGGAUUCAGGAGAUCACCACGGCCUCGGUGGACGUCUGGCACAUCCUGGAGUUCGACUACAGCCGCCUGCCACGCCAGAGCAUCGGCCAGUUCCACGAGGGAGACGCCUACGUGGUGAAGUGGAAGUACAUGGUCAACACCUCAGUGGGUCGUAGGCAGAACCCGGAGGUGAGGAGCAGCGGGCCGGGGAAGGAGCGAUGCUGCUACUUCUUCUGGCAGGGCCGAAACUCCACCGUCAGCGAGAAAGGGACGUCGGCGCUGAUGACGGUGGAGCUGGACGAGGAGAGAGGAGCGCAGGUCCAGGUGCAGCAGGGGAAAGAGCCUCCAUGUUUCCUUCAGUGCUUCAACGGAGGGAUGAUCGUCCACGCUGGCAAGAGGGAGGAGGAGGAGGAGAACAAUCAGAGCGAUUGGCGUCUGUACUGCGUGCGGGGCGAGGUGCCGGUGGAGGGCCACCUGCUGGAGGUGGCGAGUCACUGCAGCUCCCUGCGCUCCAGAGCCUCCAUGAUCCUGCUCAACAUCAACAAGGCCAUCAUCUACCUGUGGCACGGCUGCAAGACGCAGCUGCACACCCGCAGUGUGGGGAGCACGGCCGCUCACAAGAUCAAAGAACAGUGUCCUCUGGAGGCGGGGCUUCACAGCAGCAGCAAGGUGACGAUCCAUGAGUGUGACGAGGGGGCGGAGCCUCAGGGCUUCUGGGAGGCUCUGGGGAGAAAAGACAGGAAGGCCUACGACUGCAUGCUACAAGACCCGGGUAAAUUCAACUUCACCCCGCGGCUUUUCCAGCUGAGCAGCACAUCUGGAGAGUUUGUGGCGAAUGAGUUCUUCCACCUGUCCAGAGCUCCAGAGCUGGUCAGCUCCCUGCCCUUCCUGCAGGAAGACCUGUACAACGCUCCACAGCAACCUGCGCUGUUCCUGGUGGAUAACCUCCACGAGGUGUACCUGUGGCAGGGCUGGUGGCCUCAGGACAGCGAGAGCACCGGCUCGGCUCGUUUCCGCUGGGAUGCCGACAGAAAGUGCGCCAUGGAGACGGUGCUGCAGUACUGCAAAGAGAAGAACGAGAAGAAGCCUCAGAAGUCGUAUCUGAUCCACGCCGGACUGGAGCCGCUCACCUUCACCAACAUGUUCCCCAGCUGGGAGCACCGAGAGGAUGUGGCCGAGAUCACAGAGAGGGAGGCGGAGGUGUGUCACCAGAUCAUCCUGGUGGAGGACGUGUUGGCGCGGCUCUGUCAGAACACCUUCCCCCUCGCCCAGCUGCAGGCCCGGCCCCUCCCUGAAGGAGUGGACCCCCUCCGGCUGGAGAUAUACCUCUCGGACCAGGACUUUGAGAAGGCUUUGGAGAUGAAAAGAGAGGAAUAUGAAAGUUUACCAGGGUGGAAGCAAGUGAACAUAAAGAAGGCCAGAGGAUUGUUUUAAGAAAGUUUUUUUAAAUCGAAGAUGGAAGCAGCGGAUAAAAACUGGCCUGUUGAGAUGGAGAUGGAGACGGAGACGGAGACACAGGAAAUGUCACAUUAACCUGUUUUGAUGGAAACACGAGAGGACAUUGGGAUGGAAAGUACCGGAAUCUGAAGAAAAGGAACACAGGCCGACACUCGCCUUGCUUAUAGUCAUGUUUCAUCUUUAAACUUUGUCAUUACGUAACAGAAAUUCAAACGUUUUAAGAGAAAGUGGAAAAAUAAACUUUGCUUCGGUUCAUACACGGUGUUUUGGAGUCCCCUCCAAAGUCAGGAUUAAGAAUGAAAAUGUACACAUAGAACGCUUGGUGUCAGAGUGCCAUGCUGUGUAUGUAUGUGUGUGUGCGGCUGUAUAUAAUGUUUGUGUGUAAUGUGUAUUUGUGUACAUGUGUGUAAAAACAAAUCCCGUCACGUCAGAUGUUGUGGGGAACGUUUUUUUUUUUCUUUUCUGUCCGGAUGCUGUCUGACCACGUAGGAUCUCAAGUUGCUCCACUGUGUUAAAACUGCUGAGUCGUGACCUACCGAGAUGUAAGAGUUGUAAUUUUAAAGGUUUGAUGAGGAAGAGAAACAGCAGCUCUGAAUGUAUAGUGCCUUGCUUUUUGUGUACAGUUUAUAUACAGAAAUUCUAGUCUGCAUUUUUAAAGACUUUCUUUGUGAUAUAAGACAUAGUGAAUUAAAUCACAAUAAUGCUCAACUCGAAAACA